AUGAAAUUGUUGGUAUGUUUAUUACUUUUUGUUCUUUCUAAUCAUUUGGGACAAGCUUCACAACCUUACUUCCCGCCUCAACUUGUUUUUUCUCCUGAUAAUAACAAAACAAUAAUUGCAAUCGAUGAAAUUAAUCAACGAGCGUAUCUAAAACUCGAUACAGAUCCUGAAUCAACAGAUAUUGCUUAUGUCAUGCAACAUAUGCCUUUCGCUAAACCUGACUCGCCACAGGCAAAGCAUUACGUUCAAUUAAUUAUAGUUAAAAAAAAUAAUAUUUGCUCUUUUGAGACAUACUGGAAAUAUAGUUCAAAUUCAUUUGGUUUAUUCCCAUUACAUUGGGGUAAUGAUAGUUCAUAUCGUAUUAAAAACUAUAUGAAUUUCAACUAUGUAAUGAUUCAUUCAACCAAUUCAACUGGAAGUGAAGAUUAUUGGUAUACAAAUGAAACAUGUCAAACUGAUAGUGGCGAGACUUAUCGAUGUCAAGAAAUAUAUUUUAUACAAAAUACAAAUAUCCCAAUUCGAUAUUCUGAAGUUCAUCUUGUAGAAACAGACAUUAUUCGAGAAACAAAAAAUUUUACUAUUCAUUCAAUCGGUAAGCCAAGUGACAAAUAUUUUGGUCCAAUUCCAGAAAACUGGUUUGAAAGCUGUCGAGAUGGUGAUCUUGGAGUGUCAUAUAAUCCAAAAGAAAUAAUACUAAAAUUACAUGAAAGUGUCAAAGUUGAAGUUUGGCUUCCUGCUCCUCCACAUCGAAUUCAUGGAAAUGAUACUGUUACUAUUCAAUGGAAACCAUUUGCAUGUAGCGGUUGUUUCACAUGGACACCAAGAGAAUUAGCUUUUAAUCGUAAAAAUUUCCAAGAAAAACAAAUCUUAACAAUAACGCGUGUUGAACUUUCAGGAGAAACAUUUCUUAUUCCAAAUAUUAGAGGUGGAGGUUAUGACAAUGUUCCAUUUUACAUUUAUACGUUACCUAUCUAUUAA